CCCUGUGGCCCAGGCCCCGGGGUCCGGGACAGGGAGGCGCCGUUGGCGGAGGCCCUGUAUGUGAGCGCCGGUGCGCUGGCGUGCGGGAGCAGGCCGCAGGGAGGUGUGAGGUUCGUGCAGAAGACUUGGAGAUCGACCGAGCCGGGAGCACUGGGGAAACCCAGACAGUUGUGUUUACAGGCAACAGAGUGUGUGAGGCCAAGUUGUGCCUUAGAAGUUUUACCAUCUUUCUGAGGACGCUGGGGGCCAAGGAGAGUUGGGAACAAAAGAGGGUAUGAACUUUGAGGACGUGGCCAUUGACUUCUCGCAGGAAGAAUGGGGGCUCCUUGAUGAAACUCAGAGACUCCUGUACUGUGAUGUGAUGCUGGAGAACUUUGCACUUGUAGCAUCGCUGGGCUGUGUCCAAAUCCAUGGCUUCCAGUUUCACCUCCUUCCUGCCUGGUCAUUACUCACACGAGCCACGGGCUGUUCUUACCUUCACCAGCAACAGAGGCAUGACAGUGGGGAGAAGCCCUGGGAAAGGGAUGUGCACCGGGCCUCAUGGGUGACAAGCUGCAACUUCGAUGUAUCAGGGCAGUCUUUCACAUGUAGGAAGAUUGGUGAGGACUUCCCAGCUACCUCAGGACAUGUUCAGCUCCAGACCAGUCCCCACAGCAAGGAGCCACACAGUGGCAACCAGAGUGGGCGGGCCUUUCACAGUGGAAAAAGUCAGUACAAUGGGGGUGAAUAUGAAAAAGCUGCCGGCCACAGCGAUGCACUUGAUCGACACCAGAGUGUCUGUUCUGGAGAAGGGCUUUAUGAGUGUGGCAAAUGUGGGAAAGCCUUCAGCUGCAACUACAGACUUGUGCAGCACCAACAAAUUCACAGUGGACAAAGGCCAUAUGAGUGUGGCGAAUGUGAGAAAUCCUUUAGCCAAAUCUCUGGCCUUCUUAAAGACUGGAGAAUUCACAGUGGUACAAAGCCUUAUGGAUGCAGAGAAUGUGGACAAUUACUUACCCAUAACUUCAGUUUCAUAAAACACUGGAGAAUUCACACUGGAGAAAGAACUUAUGAAUGCAGUGAAUGUGGAAAAGUCUUUAUCCACAAAUCUAAACUGAUUCACCAUCAGAGACUACACAUUAGAGAAAUGCAUUAUGGGCGUGGUGAAUGUGGGACAUCUUUUAGCUACAAAUCCAACCUCAUCGAACACUUCAGAGUUCACACUAGAGAAAGGUCUUAUGAGUGUGAAUGUGGAAAAUCCUUUAGACAAAGUUCUAGUCUUUUCCGACACCAAAGAGUUCACACUGGAGAAAGGCCAUAUAAUUGCAGUGAAUGUGGGAAAUCCUUUAGACAAAUUUUUAACCUAAUUCGACAUGGGAGAGUUCACACUGGAGAAAUGCCUUACAAGUGUAGUGAUUGUGGGAAAUCUUUUAGUUGCAAAUCUGAACUCAUUCAACAUCAGAGAAUUCACAGUGGAGAAAAGCCUUAUGAGUGCAGUGAAUGUGGGAAGUCCUUCAGACAGUUCUCUAACCUCAUUCGACACCGGAGUGUUCAUACUGGAGAAAGGCCUUAUGGAUGCAGUGUUUGUGGGAAAUUCUUUAGCCGAAAAUUUAUCCUUAUUCAACAUCAGAGAGUUCACACUGGAGAAAGACCUUAUGAGUGCAGUGAAUGUGGAAAAUCGUUUACCCGAAAAUCUGACCUCAUUCAACACCAGAGGAUUCAUACUGGCACAAGACCUUAUGAGUGCAGUGAAUGUGAGAAAUCUUUUAGGCAACGCUCUGGUCUUAUUCAACACCUGAGAGUUCAUUCUGGGGAAAAGCCAUAUGAGUGUGGGGAAUGUGGGAAAUCCUUUAGCCAAAGUGCUAGCCUUAUUCAACACCACAGAGUUCACACUGGUGAAAGGCCUUAUGGGUGUAGUGAAUGUGGGAAAACCUUUAGCCAAAGUUCUAGCCUCCUUCAACACCAGAGAGGUCACACUGGUGAAAGGCCUUUUGAGUGCAAUGAAUGUAGGAAGCCCUUUACCCACAAAUCUGACCUCAUUCAACACCAGAGAGUCCACACUGGAGAAAGACCUUAUGGAUGCAGUGAAUGUGGGAAAUCUUUUAGUCGAAAGUCUAACCUUCUUAGACACAGGAGAGUGCAUGCGGAGAAAACCAUUAAAUGUGAGGAAUGUUUUACUUCUCUGCUCAGUGUGACAACACUAGAGGAGACUUUUUGAAAGACAUAUGCCAGAAUUUAAACCUCUUUUAUCUGAAUGAACACUUUGUGAGAUUCCUUGUAAGUUUCGGGAAAAUGCAAGACUUAGGGGGAUGCCCUUUACUGUGUAACCUGCCCAGCACUAUUCCCAGAUUUAUGUCACUGCCAGCUUCUGUGACUAAAGCCAUUCAGCUCUACUACCUGACAGAUCUGUGCAGUGUAGAUCAGUCACCAUGCCAGAGUACUCUAAUCUCUUAGAUUCUCCCAUCUGCUUGAGGAAAUUAUGAAUAGCCUGAGCCUUUAGAGAGAUCCUCGUUUCCUUUCUCUCUGACUCUAGGGAAUAGACCUAACCCAGUUAUGGUCCACAGGACUCAUCCUCACCUGCUAAGAAGGACUUUUCUUCAGGGACACUCUUUUCACAUUAUGCUUACGAAGAAAUUCCAGGUUCUAAUUCACCAGCAUGGGAUCUACUUGCUGCACAUUGGUUUGGUUUUUGUUCAUUAAGUAAAGGUCUUUGUUUCUGCCCCUUUAAUUUUGGUGGUUGUGUUCACUGUGUGAGGUGAUCUGGAAGCAGAAUUGUGAUCUGUCAGCAUGUAGGCAUGAACAGAUUUUUAUGGGGCUUCUUAUACUUUCUCUGCUUUAGUAGGGAUGGUAUGAUGGCAGAAAAUAGCAGUUGUCCAAUAUUGGUCUAAUUUACAUUGGUGCCCAAUGCUUGGAAAGAAAGACUACAGGACUUCAUGUUCCUAAUUGGCAAUCUGGUGGCAUGAUUUGAGGAAAGGUUGGAGAUCACCUGGAUAAGAAGGCCUUUGUUGUGACAGCCCCUCCCACCCAUACCAUGCUUCUGUGAACAACAUACAUUUUAUUCUCUUGAUCAUAAUAUAUCACAUCAUUCCCACCACUACUGAGAGGACUAAUUCUCGUAGAUCCUGCAAAGUAACCAUGUGUCAUGACGUAGAAAAUUUCAGAGGCUAGUGUCAUUUGCUGUAAGGUUAAGGGUCAGGUGGGAUAGAAACAUGGGUUAAUAUGGCAUAGAGGAGACUACAGUAAAUUAGAUGAAAUAUGCCUUACCUGAAAGUUGGUUUCAGUACUAUGACUCGUAAGACCAAUGUGUACAGAAAUUCUCAGGACCUCUGUAUUCCCACAGCUGGGGUUAUUGACAAAGUAAAUAUUCUAAAGCUUUUGUGGAUUCUCAUAGCCUCUUUGGGCUGUUUACCUCUAGGUCAUUUCUCUAGAGGCAGGAAAACAAGCAUAGAAAGAGGGCUGACCCUGUUGUGACCCCACCAGUAUCCCUGUAGAUUUAGGUGGCAGCAGUCUUCAUGGUUGCCAGUGUUUGCUGCCACUGAGGCAAGAAUGCUCCUCCCAGGGCAUGAGAAAAGAGACGGUAGUGUCCAUAUAGGGUUGCCAACCUAAUUUUCUAAGCUUUUGAAAGAGGGACAUCUGGGCUUGUAUUUUGGAAUACUUUUUAAAGCUCUGUUUAAGGUAUAAUUUGUGUAAUUGACAUGCAACAAAGUGUACUUAUCUAAUGUUAACAAUUUGCUAAGUUUUGACAUGUAUAAAGUCAUGAAACUACAUUGUGAAAAUCAAUUUAUCUGUCACCCACGUUUACUUUGUGCUCAUAUAACUCUGUCUUCUCCAGCCUUCCAGGCAAUCCUCAAUUUUCUUUCUUUACAUUAGGUUAGUUUUGUAUUUUCUAUAAGGCAUUAUUAAGUAUAUGGUUGUUGGGUUUUUUUUUUUUUUUCUGUACUGUUUUGCUUCAUUCUGCGUGCUUAUUGAGAUUCAACAAUGAGCUUAUUUUUAUUGCUAAGUAGCAUUUUAAUCUAUGAAUAAUGACUACCCAUGCUUCUGGAUAUACAGGUUAUUUCUAGGUUUGCAGUAUUUACAAAUAAAGCUGCUAUGCAUAUUUAUAUUCAGUUCUUUAUGUGGAUGUUUUAUUUCUCUUGUUGUAGUAACUGAAACUGUUAGAAUGUAGGUGAAUGUUCACAUUUUUAAGAAAUGGGAAACUGAUCUAUCAUGGUUAUUCUUUUUCCCACUAGUAGCACUUGAAAAUUCAAGUUCCAUGACAUCUUUGAAAUAAGUGUAUGGUGAGUCACUUUGACUUAAAUUCCAUUUCCCAAAGUG